AUGCUCAUCGCUACUCCCGAAACGCGAUUAGAGGUAGGCCACGCCCUCGAGAUCCAAGGUUUAAAGCGCACCGGAGAUGAAAAGAAUCUUGUGGGUUGGGCUGCCAUGAACCCACGCCAUCCGCGGAACUGGAGCAACGCGAGGAAGGCGUAUGAUGUUUCAAUUAUCAUUUUCUUAGAGUUCUAUACGACUGCAGUGAGCACAUCAGGGGCUACAGCCGCCAGAAAUGCACAGAAACAGUUUGGAAUUGGCGAGACACUGUCUGUGUUUCUAUAUAUAUCGACAUAUCUUCUCGCGCAAGGUAUUGGUAGCGUACUGUUGCCUCCUUACUCUGAAUGCUACGGUCGAAAAAAGCUAUAUGUGGGCAGCACUGCACUGUACAGUAUAUUCUGCGUGUUGAUUUCGGCAGCGGAGUUGCCUGGCGCAGGGGCUUUCGGACGUCUCAUCACGGGCUUUUUGUCUGCGGUUCCGAGUGCUGUCAUCAAUGGCAGUAUGCAAGAUAUGUUUGAUACCAGGCAGCUUAUAUGGCUUACGUUACCGUACAUGGGCAUGGCAAAUUUGGGUAUCGCAAUGGGGCCGGUGAUGAGUGCAUAUAUCACAGCCGUUUGGGGGUGGAAAUGGGUUUUCUACGUCGCUGCUAUCGUCACCGGAAUCCUAGCUGUCUUGCUACUCACGAUUCGUGAAUCCCGCCCAACAGUUCUGCUGACACAGGAGGUUCGACACCUCCGUCACGUUACUGGCGAUUACUCUCUCCAAGCAUUGAACCCAGACAGAGUCCCAGAUAUCCGAUCGUUCGCGCGGAACUUCGCCUUCCGACCAGCCCAGCUCCUCUUCACAGAGCCCAUCAUUGCAGCAGUCUCAAUCGUCUGCGGCAUCUCCACUGGACUCAUCUACCUGUUCACAGACAUCCUGCCCGGAGUUUAUGAAUCAUUCGGUCUCACGACCACGCAAGCCAGUCUCCCCUUCUUAGCCCUUGGCUUCGGGUUCCUUCCCAAUAUCGGUACCCGCUUCUUGGAAUAUCGCAAAACAGCACGCCGGCGCGAGCGUGGCGAGCCGGUUAUUCCCGAGCACAAACUAACCGGGUACAUUAUUGCUGCACCAGUCCUAAUGAUCGCACUGUGGUGGUUCGCAUGGACGAUCCCACCCGCCGUGCAUGUGCAUUACCUUGCGUCCGUGGUACCGCUCUUCCUGACCGGAUUCGCAAUCAAUGAGUUCGGCAUCGUGCUGGUGGGCUACAUGUCGGACAGCUAUCGGUCAUACUCGGCUAGCGGAUUUGCGGCGCUGGGUCUGGUGCGCUGUCUGUUGGCCGCUUCAUUUCCGUUGUUUUCUGGGCGAAUGUUUAGCCAGCUGGGACCGAAUGGAGCCAUGUGUGUGCUGGCUGGUCUGGCCACUGGGUUUUGUAUCUUGUCACCUGUGCUGAGGAUAUAUGGAGAACGUUUGAGGAAGUCGAGCAAGUUUGCUGCACAUUGUGUCGAUGUUGAUGCGGAAAAUACAUUCGAGCGGACAUGA